GAAUCAACCUAUAUGAACCCUUUUAACAAAAGUUAUGGUAGAGUAAUUAACUAGAAAUUUUAGAUCUGAGUUUUCCUAACGUGAAUUCACCUUCGUUAAAUAAAAACAUUUUACUCCUUUAACCCCACUAUAAAACUUUUGAAUUUGAUUUAAUCCCAAUACGAGACAUCUAAAGAGAAAUUAAUUUUUAAAGUUAAAUCAUUUUUUACUGACCCAAUGUCAACUGUCAACCAAGUACCUUUGGUGGUCAAUGCCCAAUGGCUUCGCAUAUCAAAACUGUUUUGUGUAGAUGCCCAUAACAAGGUUAUAAGUUAUAACCCUUCACUAUUCGCCAAUUAACGGCGCUUAUCCUUUUUGUCUCCCAUGCUCCACAGGUCACAAGCCAACUAUCUUAUCCUCUUCCUCCACCCCACGCCACCUUUAGUCUUGUUCUUUUUUUUUUUUUUGGUUUACAAGUAUUUCAACAAUCGUGAGAUUCAUUCUUCGUUCCUCAAUCAGUACAUUUUGCGAUGCGUGCACUAUAGGAGAAGAUGCAGGAUCAGGGCACCUUGUUGCAAUGAAGUCUUUGAUUGUCGCCAUUGUCACAAUGAAGCAAUGAGCUUGUUGCGCAAUAUUUUUGAUCGGCAUGAACUGGUUCGACAUGAUGUCAAGCAGGUCAUUUGUUCAGUUUGCGAUACAGAGCAGCCAGUUGCUCAUGUUUGUACAAAUUGUGGUGUAAAUAUGGGAGAAUACUUCUGUGAAGUGUGCAAAUUCUAUGACGAUGAUAUAGACAAAGGGCAGUUUCAUUGUGAUGAUUGUGGAAUCUGCAGAGUUGGUGGUCGUCAGAACUUUUUUCACUGCAAGAAGUGUGGUUCUUGCUAUUCAGUUAGUUUACGUAAUAACCACUCAUGUGUGGAGAACUCUAUGCGGCAUCAUUGUCCCAUUUGUUAUGAGUAUCUCUUUGAUUCUCUUAAAGACACAACAGUAAUGAAAUGUGGGCACACAAUGCACACUGAGUGCUACCACGAGAUGAUAAAGCGCGACAAAUGCUGCUGUCCCAUAUGUUCCAGAUCAAUCAUAGAUAUGUCAAGAGUUUGGAGAAGAAUGGAUGAGGAGAUUGAAGAGACAAUUAUGCCUGAAGAUUUCAGAGACAAGAAGGUUUGGAUUCUGUGUAAUGACUGUAAUGAUACGACUGAAGUAUUCUUCCACAUUAUCGGUCAGAAAUGCCGACACUGUGAAUCAUACAACACCCGUAUGAUUGCAGCUCCAGUUCUUCCUCAAUAACAAUUUAUGGUUUGAUCUUUGCCAAGUGUGAUUCUUUUCAAUCCUUCGUAUACGAUUUGCUGCAUUUGCAACACAACUCAACUUGCAUUGCGGAUGCAUUUGUAAUAUUAUUCUUUCUCCUAAGACAUGGAAUAGAAAAACCCAACUGAUUUCACACUGAACUUGUAAGUACCGUAUCGAAACAAAGUACAUCAAUGGAUGAAGGUAUUUGAAUUCAUGUAACCAUUUCGAACUCUGAUGGGGCUAGGCCUGCUGUAACGGACAUGAGAUUUUAAAUCACUGUAUAUUUUUAUAAAGGAGCUUUUUGGUUGUACA